AGAGUGCGGUAGCAGUAUCUUUUCUCCACUCGAUGUGUUCAAACCAGUUGAGGGGAUGUCACGUUCCAGGUUCUUUCAUUGUGCGCUCGCCGUUAUACUCAUCCACGUGAUAGGAUGUUCCGUAGUGGCCGGCAAAACGUUCGAGGAUCUUCUCACCGAGUUGAGAAGUUACGAAGAACCUCCCAAGUACGAUCCACCUCCGAAGUACGAGGAUCCUCCUAAGUACGACCACUACCAGCAUUACGACAAAUACGAAAAGUACGAAAAGAAAGACAAGUACAACUACUGCUACAAUGGUCCGUACAAAUCGUGCGCCGAGGAACCCACGAAGAUUUCUGGACCGUAUCAGCUGCAGCCUUUCCCUCAUGAUAAGCCCAUCGGAGCUUACUGCGAACAGAAACUCCACGGAGGUGGUUGGCUGGUAAUUCAGUCCCGAUUCGACGGAUCGGAGGAUUUCUUCCGGAACUUCACCGACUACAAGAAAGGCUUCGGAAAGCUGACCGGUGAGUUCUGGUACGGAUUGGAGAAAAUUUUCAAGCUGACGGCGUUCCGAAACACUCAACUGCUGAUUGAGCUGAAGAACUUCAAGGGCAAGUACAAGUACGCCAAGUACGACGAGUUCGAAAUCGGAAGCGAAGUGGAGAGCUACGCCUUGAAGAAGCUGGGAGCGUAUUGUGGAACGGCCGGCGAUGGGUUGAGAUACAACCAUUUGCAGCUGUUCAAAACGCUGGACCACAAUGGAAACAAGAAAAAUAAGAAUAAGAAAUAUGAACGGAACUGUGCGGUCGAACGGUUGGGAGCUUGGUGGUACAAGGAUUGCUCAUUCAGUAAUCUGAACGGAUUGUACGGCAACAAGAUUGGACCGAAGUACAUGACUUGGUAUCCAUUCAGCGAUUCAGACGAAGGAUUGGCUUUUUCGAGGAUGAUGAUUCGAGGAUACUAGAGUUUGACUGUGGUGGCAAAGUCAGUGAUCUGAAAUGGAUGGAAAAUAAACGGAUGGCAUAAACGG